AUGGGCGCCGAGCAGCUGAUUGACGCGUGCCAAGCACGCCUGGCGCACCCACCGACGCGGACGCACGAUGCGCUGGAGCUCUACGCGUCGCAGCUCGAGCAGCAGCUCCACGAUCUUCUAGCGGCGCGAGACGCGGAGCAGGCCAUUUGCCGAGCCAGCACCGAGUGCACGUUUGCCAAGAACUCGGCCGGGCGCGUCCUCACCGCGCUCUUCGACCACGCGACGGGUGGAAAAGUGGACGGGCUCAAGACAUGGUGGGAGACCGGUAGCAUCCAGACACGCAGCGGGCCUGCGCACUGGCGUCUCGACCCGAACAGCCUCCGGGACAGGCGCGGGUUCACCCUCCUCCACGCGACGGUCGACCGCAGCUUGGCGAAGGAAAGCGCCAAAGUCGCAACGCUCGGCUUCCUCGUCGAUCGCAUGGGCUUGGACGUGAACGCGGUCGACCUCUUUGGCCGGACGAGCCUCCACUACGCCGCCCUCGCAGGCUACGCCGACGUCGUCGACGCGCUCUUGCAGCGGCAGUGCGACCCGCAGCUUCGCGACAAGGCCGGCUUGACAGCGCUCGGCACGCUUCAGCGCACGACGCUGUCGGCCAACGCGAGCAGCUUCGACGCGAUCGUGCAAACGCUGCUGCUGCGCGCCGAGAAGCCGCGCUUUGGCGACGAGCCCACGACCGAC